CCCCAUGGACAGCUCGGCCGUCAUUACUCAGAUCAGCAAGGAGGAGGCGCGGGGCCCGCUGCGGGGCAAAGGUGACCAGAAGUCAACGGCUUCCCAGAAGCCCCGCGGCCGGGGCAUCCUUCACUCACUCUUCUGCUGCGUGUGCCGCGACGAUGUUGAGGCCCUGCCCCCCCACAGUGGGGCGCCCCUGCUCGUGGAGGAGAACGGCGCUGUCCCCAAGCAGACCCCAGUCCAGUACCUGCUCCCCGAGGCCAAGGCCCAGGACUCAGACAAGAUCUGUGUGGUCAUCGACCUGGACGAGACCCUGGUGCACAGCUCCUUCAAGCCUGUGAACAAUGCCGACUUCAUCAUCCCCGUGGAGAUUGAUGGAGUGGUCCACCAGGUCUAUGUGCUGAAGCGGCCCCACGUCGACGAGUUCCUGCAGCGAAUGGGCGAGCUCUUCGAGUGCGUGCUGUUCACUGCCAGCCUCGCCAAGUAUGCAGACCCAGUAGCUGACCUGCUGGACAAGUGGGGGGCCUUCCGGGCCCGGCUGUUUCGUGAGUCAUGCGUCUUCCACCGGGGGAACUAUGUGAAGGACCUGAGCCGGCUGGGCCGAGACCUGCGGCGGGUGCUCAUCCUGGACAACUCGCCCGCCUCCUAUGUCUUCCACCCAGACAACGCCGUACCAGUUGCCUCGUGGUUUGACAACAUGAGUGACACGGAGCUCCACGACCUCCUUCCAUUCUUCGAGCAACUCAGCCGUGUGGACGACGUGUACUCGGUGCUCAGGCAGCCGAGGCCUGGGAGCUAGUGAGGCCGGAUGGGGCCAGGACCUGCCCCUGACUGACGCCAACACCUCCUCACGCUCAGACUUCGCGCCCACUGCUCCUUAAGUAAACCCAUGGGCCACCACACUCAGUUCCAGGGGGGAGCAGGUGCCUCCCCCACCAGCCUGGCCCGGCUGCAGAGGGGGCAGCAGGCGGCAUCGAGGGCGAUGAGCCCCAGGGUCCCCGUGUCAGUGCCUUAGAACCCCCUGCGCCUUCUUGGGGGGCCUGGGGGGGGGCCCUGUGUCCUGCUCCCUUUUUCUCCUCUCUAUGCUGCCAUGUUUCUCUGCUGCCAAAUUGGGCCCCUGGGCCCCUUCCGGCUCUGCUUUGUUGGGGGGCAAGAUCCCUGCUGUCCCAUGCCUUGGCCCCCAGCUGGGAACAGUGGACACAAGUGCCUUGCGUAGAGCCCCUCUUCCUGCCCAGCUUUUCCAAAGGCUCCAUCCUGGGCAGCUGCUCUUGCCCGGACCCACCUACAGGUCACUGCAAUCCAGGCCGGCUGGAGAAACCGCUCCCGCCACCUCCCCCACGGCCUCCCUGGGGACUGACGCUGCCCCACUAGUCGCUGCCUGGGAGGGGGCAUAUGUUACCAUCUAUGAAGGGAGCAAAGUCUGUUUCUACGACCAGAGUCCAGCGUCUCCAGGGUCGAGGGCUGCUCUCCCCAUCACCCAAGCCCUGCCCCUCACAUGUGCCUUAACCACCUAUGACCAGGCCCCCUUGCGGCUUGGCUCCCCCAGCUGUGAGUGGGGGUGUAGCAGGACCCCCGUGUGGUGCCAUAUAAAUAUGUAUAUGUGUAUAUAGAUUUUUAGGGGAGGGGAAAUGGAAGGGUCAGGGUAGAGACACCCCUCCCUCGUCCCUUUCCUGGGCCCAGAAAUUGGGGUGGGGGGGAGGGAAAGGAUUUUUACAUUUUUUAAAUCGCUGUUUUCUGAAUGAAACAAGCCAGGCUCAAGGGCCCCCAGGCCUGUCCUCUGUCCCUCACACCCCCUUUGCUCUGUUCAUUCAUUGAAAAAACAUGUAUCGAGCACCUUCUCUAUGCCAGCACUGUACUAGGCCCACCAGCUGAGUGGGGAGUCUCUACAGCACCUAAUAGGUGCCUCCCCCACCCACCCCACACUUCACGGUGCCUUUGGGGGAUCUGCAGGAGGUAGGACCCUUUUUGUGGGGUUUGGGGGUCUCCAGAAAGCCUGGCCAAGCUGCCCCCUUCCUUUGUGCCAACCCACCCCCUGCAGCCCCCUGCCCUGCCCCCUGCUGGCUAGGGGCUGCUCCCGGGACACGUUGCCUUCUGGCUCUCUGAUACCUGGAACCCCUCCUGCUAUGUGCUGUAUCUGGAGGUCACGGCCUUGGGCUCUCCCAGGGCCUAACGGUUAAGGGGACCCACAUUACCAGUGCCAAGGGGGAUGGCAAGUGGAGUGGAGAUGUCCUUGUGUCCCCUCCUCCCCAUAGAGAACUGGUGGCGGAGGGAGGAUGGUUGGCUGAGUCGGGGUGAUCCACCCAUUUUAAGUGCCUUCUCUGACUGAGAGCCUCACAGUGUGAUGAAAACUAAAGAGAAAGCCAGACCCCCUAAUCCUGCCUCUGUGGUUAUUGGGGGCAGGGUUGACUAGGGGUGAUUAUGCUUCUUACACUUGUGAUACUCUGUGUCCCUUGAGGCCUCGCUCUGAGGUAGGUGUCAGUGGAGGGAGGGAUGACGGCCCCAGCGUCCCAGGGGCUUCAAGUGUGACCAUUGCAGGGUUAGAAGCGUGAGCUUUGAAUCGAAUCUGAGUGAGCCUCCCAGCUCUACUAUUAAAUUAUUUCGCUUAGCCUUGGAGAUACAACCCCCCCGGUGGCACACAUGGUUAAGAGCUCCAGUGCUAACCGAAAGGUUUGUAGUUGGAAUCCACCUAGCAGCUCCGUGGGAGAAAGACCUGGCGAUCUUGUUGGGUCAAGAUUACAAGAAAACCCCAUGGGAGCAGUUCUCCUGUCACAGGGGGCCGCUAUGAAUGGAAAUUACUCCAAGAAGCAGUCCGCUGCAGAGCUGAUUAAAUGCUGGGACAUACAGGGCUGUAAAUGUUAGCUAUAAAGCAGGAGGAGGAUGCCUGUCUUGGGAAGGCCCCUGUGCCCUCGAGCGAGCAGGCAGGGGCUGGGGGGGCCCCACAGGGGCGAGGUGGGGAGCGUGGGAGAGUUAAACCGGGAAGCGGAGUUCGCUCACAAGAGAACUUUUGAACAGCGCUGACGUGGGCUGGCCUGAGAGGUAGAGCUCCCACCCCCGGCUGGGAGGGCCGAGCGAGGGCUAGGCGCCAUCUGCGGGCAGAGG